GCGAGCGAGGCACGACAAAAACCUUGGUGAAGUUUGUAGCAUGCAGGGCUAGUGGCAGUACUGGCUAGUAUUUUUGAAGCAGUUAUCUGAACGACAUCGAUCUGCACAAGUAAUUUGUUGCGCUCUCAGUCGCCGUGUUGGAGUUGGAUAUUUCCCUGUUGUCGUCGUCGAUCAUGGCAGGUCUUUCCAGGAUUUGUGACGACAGUGUCGCGUGUGCAGUCCGCACGUCUGACGACGGCUUUCACGGCCGCACCGCACUAUACCGGCCCUGCAGUCCCGCGGCGGAACAGAAGCUGCAGGAGGACAUGAGAAGGCUGCAGCACCACUAUGCCAGCAUGUGCCGCAAACACAUGGGCCAAUCACCUCCACGCCAAUCGUUUGAUCGCUGGCUCAUGGAGCGCAGCGUUCGUCAUCCGGAUAGCUCAGGCAUGCCGUCCGUACUGAGCGCCGAUGAGGUCUCACCGUGCAUGCACAGAGAGCUGAGUAAUGCCAUCUUGAGCGUGCCGGCCAAUGGAUCCGGGCUCAACGACUACAAGUUUUACUUUUCGAGUGUGAAAAGAGAACUGGAGAAGAGGACAGAGAAAUGCGAGCGACUAUCAACGCUGGAGGCCGGUGUGCUCCUGAACAAGCUACCGGCAUGCAUGAAGCUGAUAGAGAUCUCUGGCAGCCCAACAGGAGCCGAGUUGUUAGCGCUUGUGGUAAACUGCAAGCAGCUUGUCGAAGCACUUAAGCCUAUCGUGGACAAGGUGAUCUUUUCAGAGGUGGACGACGUUUGCCGUGGUGUCAGUUCGUAUUUGUUUGGCCUAAACACUAGGAAGAGCAAUGGCUGGGAGUCGCCGCCAGUCGACGAUGACCAUGAGAUCACGCCCAGCUGCUCGCCCGCCGUGACGUGGAAUGACGAAGUCGGCAGAGCGUGUCGCGCCGCAGUGCCCCCGUUCAUGCCGGACAGUGCCAGUCCAAGCAAGUCCACCCGGCCUACUGCCAUCUCGGCCCACAGCCAUGGGGAGUCAACCGCUGUGCGACCCGGUGGAGCCCAACUAUCAACCGUGUGCACGGAGAAGUGCACAGAGAGAACGAUCCGCGUGCCCGCCGGCCGUGGCUGGAGCAAGGGUGCACGCGCCGAUGAGCGGCGGAGACAGUUGGCAAGGUUACGACAAGCCAACGGUGCGCCAUGCAACAACUGCCGUACAGCUCUUGCAGCUGUGCCUCAUGUCACAUGCAAUCUAUCAAGGGAUGGCGCCAUUAGUAGCAGCAAUCUUGUCACAGUGUCUACAGGUGGCAUGAAGUGCUCCAUAGCCGAAGCGCACUUCCAAAAACUGGAACGACUAUACAAGGCCACGUGUGCGCAGCUCGAUCCGGAGCUCGCUUACUUCCGGGAACGUCUGCUCUGCAUGCUGAAACGUUACGAGACUCUACUUGGGGACAUGUCGGCAGUGAACCUGCAGGGUGCAUUGCCAGUAGCAGCAUUUCACUGUCUUCACGUUGAAUUUGGCGUAACGAUGGAGUGUUUUGCGUCACCGCUCAACUGCUACUUCCCACAGUAUUGCUCGCUGUAUGCCAACACGGACAGUGUGUUUGGCUCCCGAGGAUCAUUCUUCUCGUUUCGCCCUGUCGAGGGCUCGCUGGCGGCAAACCCACCGUUCUGCGAAGAGGUCAUCGAGCGCAUGGUAGACCAUAUGGAGGCAUUACUCAGUGCAACUGAGCGUCCCCUCUCGUUCAACAUCGUCAUACCGGAAUGGAGGGAACCACCGACACGGGGAGCUGUCAAAAUGGACAGAAGCAAGUUUCUCCGCAGCCACAGUGUGCUGCCGGCAAGGGAUCAUGUGUAUAGAUCUGGCAAACAACAUUUAAUAACAUCCACUCGGCAACUUAACUUCACGGCGUCCUUCGGCACAGAGGUGUUCUUCCUGCAAAACGAGGCCGGCAAGAGGAAGUGGCCAGUCAGCGACGCCAAGAUGGACGCACUGCGGAAAGCGUUUGCGGCUCCAGACUCAGAGAGCCGCUAGCGGUCGUAGGAUGCUGCGCGUGUGUCGGUUUAGCCGGUUUCUCUCUCCGGCGCACGUUGCUCGGUGGCUGUAGCUGCCUUAGGAUUGUUUUCUUUUACAUCCCAUGGCAUGCUAUGAAUGAACAUACACACACACAUACAUAAAGCGGAUCAGCUUUGUAACACUGAUAGGCUGUUUGAUCACGUUGCUUGACCAGGUUGAUGCCAGCAUUUAAAAACACUUCAUACCCACACGUCUAUAGUGUGUCUCAAGAUGCGUGGAGCUUUUUUCUACUUCUUUUUUUCAAUUCCUUGAAGCAAAAACAAUCCAAUGCCGGUUGAAAUAUGUCACUUAAUCACCAGGGCAAUAUUUAUUGACUCUUUUCUGCUCUAGAGAUGCUGGCAUAUGCACAAUUUCAUUUGCUAGGAAUGCUCAUUUCUGAUCUACUAUUACUCCAGAAUGAAAAAAAAACAAAAACAAAAACAUCA